AUGGCUUCAAAUGGGAGUGUCUCGCUCAAUGCGGAGCCCUCUCAGCCAGACGUGCGCGAGAAACAACAUCUGGAGCCCAAGAGUUACGUUGAUGCUGUGCACGAAGAACCACACGUGAACGGCACGAAUGGAACGAACGGAACGACUGUAAGGAGCAAGAAUACAAACUCGGAGGCUGAAUGGUUGAAUUCCUCGUCGCAUAAAGCUUCAGUGGCCUCAGUGCUGCGAAUUGUUGAUACAGGUGCGGAUGUAAAGGAAAAGGAAACGGCGAAGGGGGGUGAACGGCCGCAAUACGAACGGCAGGAAUCGAAAGUAGAAUAUUCAGGAGCUGGCCUGGACGACACUCCCACGAUCCCUCCUAAGCAGAGGCACCGAAGGCAAAAGAGCAACUCACAAGAGAAGAAAAACGAAGAUAACAAGUCAAAGACCAAUGCUGUUAAAAAUGGGGAAAAUCCAAAAGUCAAGGACGACCAAAAUCAUACGACCGUUUUCGAGAAAGUCGAGGGUACCCAAAAUGGCAGUAAGCUCGUCAGCGUAAAACCCGACCCUGGAUUGGAGAAGCAGCACCGAACUGAUCGCAAGGUGACUCCCAAACCAUCCAAGGAAGACGGACUUGCGAGCGGUAAAAAGCCAGGUCAACGGUGGCAUCAAAGCGGCAUUCGAUUUGCGCCUUUAAAUGUACCUCUACAAAGACGACUACAGACCUUGGUGGUCCUGGCCCACACCCUCUGCAUCGCCAUAUCCAUAUCAUUGUUUUUUUUUCUCUGCGCAAUACCUCUAUUCUGGCCAUUAUUGAUACCAUAUAUGAUUUACUGCAUGACGUCGACAGCAUCAACUUCGGGGACUCUGAGCCAUCGUUCGGAGUUCUUACGGUCACUUCCUGUAUGGUCACUAUUUGCUUCUUACUUCCCCUCAAGACUCCACCGGACACAAGAGCUUCCUCCUACGAGGAAAUAUAUUUUUGGUUAUCAUCCACAUGGCAUCCUUUCCCUAGGAGCGUUUGGCGCCUUUGCUACUGAGGCUCUCGGGUUCUCGCAACUGUUUCCUGGGAUCAAGAAUACACUUCUUACGCUAGAUUCGAAUUUUCGUAUUCCUUUAUAUAGAGACUAUGCUCUGGCCAUGGGGAUAGCUUCUGUUUCUAAGGAGUCAUGUGAGAAUCUACUUUCUAAGGGAGGACCAAAUAAGGAGGGAAUGGGCCGCGGUAUUACAAUUGUCAUAGGCGGUGCUCGCGAGUCUUUAGACGCUCAACCCUAUUCCCUUAGACUCGUCCUCAAACGCCGCAAGGGAUUUGUCAAGAUGGCUAUCCGUACAGGUGCAGACCUCGUCCCCGUCUUAGCAUUCGGGGAGAACGACCUCUACGACCAAUUCAACUCGGAAUCACACCCAAAGAUCCAUAAAUUUCAACUUUUAGUCAAGAAAGUGCUUGGAUUCACUGUCCCGCUUUUCCACGCACGAGGCAUUUUCAACUACGAUGUAGGGCUUAUGCCGUAUCGGAGACCCGUGAAUAUUGUGGUUGGAAAGCCGAUUAGAGUUGCCCAGUCAUCGAAGCCAGACCAGGAGGAAAUUGAUCGUGUACAUGAGGAGUAUGUACAGGAGCUGGAGAGGUUAUGGGAUUUGUGGAAGGAUGAUUUUGCCCCACAGCGGAAGGAGGAGAUAGAGAUUAUGGAGUGA